AUGGACAUCAAGAAGCCCAUCACUUCGACCAUCUCCUCGGCGUCCUUCUCCUUCCUCACCGCCGAGGAUAUCCGCAGGAUCUCGGUGAAGCAGAUCAUCAACCCGGUCUUGCUCGACACCACCAACCAUCCCAAUGCGGGCGGUCUCUACGACCCGGCUCUAGGGCCUAUGCGCCCUAACGACAUUUGCUCGACAUGUCAUCUCAAUUCGUACCAAUGCCCCGGUCAUUUUGGUCAUAUCGAGCUUCCCUCUCCCGUGUUCCAUCCACUCUUUAUGGGCAACAUGUUCAAUCUGUUGAGGGGUACCUGCUUCUACUGCCAUCGAUUCCGUUUGCCGCUUGUCGUCCUUACCAAGGUCAUCGGUCGCUUAAGACUGCUCGAGUACGGCCUCGUAGACGAUGCCGAGAACAUCGAGGCCGAGGAGCCACGUUCAAACACCAAGCUCACCGAUAUCGACAACGCUGAUGGGGAGAGCACAGAUGAAGAUGGAGACGACGCCAAGGGCUCAAAGGGGUCCAAGGCUAGCAGCUCUAAAAGCAGAGGCUCCUCCGGCGAGACGCCUGCCGAGUUUGCGCACCGCAUCAACCAGCAGGUCAAGGAGCUCAUCAAGGCGGCCAAAGCAAGCGGCAAGGCGCAGAUGGAGCCCGAAGCGGGCAGCCUCGCUUACACCGCUCGCAAGAAGUGCAUCAACGAGUUCAUGAAGGAUAUCCACAGGAGGCAAUGUGGGCAAUGCAACGCCAUCAGCCCCACCGUGCGUCGCGAUGGCUUCCUCAAGAUCAUGGAGAAGGCUCUUCUUCCUGCCGAAGUCGCCUCCAACGAGCACAAGGGAUACAUGCGCGUCUCGCCUGUAAAGCGCGUUGCUGCCAUCGAGCGUCGCCUUGCUGCUUCGACCGCCUCAACGUCAGCUUCGACGGACGCCGUCGACGACGCCGGGCUGGCGUCUCAAGCCAUCUCUGCAGAAAAUGCACCCAAAGGGACAGUCUACCGCGUCAUGCCUGCUGUGGAGUGCCAAGCACACCUCCGCCUCCUCUUUCACAAUGAAGGUCCUCUUUGUUCUCUCAUCUUUGGCCGCAAUGGCCCCUUCCGCCUGGGCAAUUCCGAAGGCAAGGUCAAGGCCAAGGUCGGAUCUUCCAUCUGGUCCACCCCCAAUGGCGCCAGCGCCGACAGCUUCUUCGUCAGCGUGCUCGCAGUACCGCCAACGCGCUUCCGUCCAGCUAGUAUCAUGGGUGACAUGACGUUUGAGAACUCUCAAAACGAGCUGCUCACCAAUGUGCUCAAGACCACAUUCUCCAUCCGAGACCAGAUCACCGAACUGACCCGACUCGUGUCCAAGAAGGACUUUCCCGAAUUGGGCCCCGAUGCUUCUGAAGCCGACUACCGAGCAGCCGAGGCUCAACUCAUCAAGGGUCGCGAAGACACGCGCCGCAAGGUACUCAACUCUAUGAUGCAGCUUCAGGUCGAUGUCAACUCGUUCAUCGAUGCUAGCAAGAAUCCCAUGCCCCUGCGCCAGGGUCAGCUGCCUCCGCCAGGCGUCAAACAAGGCCUCGAGAAAAAGGAAGGUCUCUUCCGAAAGCACAUGAUGGGCAAGCGUGUCAACUUUGCUGCUCGCUCCGUCAUCUCGCCAGAUGUCAAUAUCGAGACCAACGAAAUUGGUGUACCGCCCGUGUUUGCGCGCAAGCUGACCUACCCCGAGCCUGUCACCGUGCACAAUGUUCAGCUAAUGCGACAGCUCGUCAUCAAUGGUCCUUUCAAGUACCCUGGUGCGGUGGCCAUCCGCAGCGAAGACGGCACCGAGACACAACUCGACAAGCUUAGUGUAGAGGAAAGGACAGCUCUUGCCAAUCAGCUUCUCACACCACAGGAGCACUCGUCCAAACAGGCGCGUGGCACAUUUGCCGGCCUCGGCAGUUCAACGCGAACGCCCAUCGCCAACAAGCAGGUGCUGCGUCACCUCCGUGACGGCGACAUCUUGCUUCUCAACCGUCAGCCGACGUUGCAUCGCCCUUCCAUGAUGGCACACAAAGCACGCGUGCUCGUCGGUGAAAAGACCAUCCGCAUGCACUACGCCAACUGUAACUCGUACAACGCCGAUUUCGACGGUGACGAGAUGAACAUGCAUUUCCCACAGUCGCAAGCGGCGCGUGCCGAAUGCUACUACGUCGCAAACACGGACAACCAGUAUCUCACUCCUACCAGCGGUAACCCUCUCCGCGGUCUCAUUCAGGAUCAUGUGGUUGCCGGUGUGUGGAUGACGUCCAAGAACACGUUGUACACGCGUGCCGAGUACCAGCAGAUGCUCUAUGGUGCUUUGCGACCAGAAGGCAAGUACACCGGUGGUGGCCGCGUCCUCACUGUACCUCCUGCCCUUCUCAAGCCGGAACCGCUCUGGACGGGUAAGCAGGUCAUCUCGACGGUUCUUCUCAACCUCAAACCUGCUAAAGCAGAUGGCCUGAACCUCACCUCGAAAGCUAAGGUGGCCGGCCGUAUGUGGGGAAAAGACCACGCAAGUGAAGAAAAGGUCAUCAUCGAGGAUGGUGAGCUGCUUCAGGGUGUUCUCGACAAAGCUGCCUUCGGUGCCUCGUCCUUUGGUCUUGUGCACGCCAUUUUCGAAAUCUACGGCUCCGAGACCGCUGGCAAGCUCCUCAGUAUCCUCUCGCGUCUCUUUACCAAGUUCCUCCAGACGAACGCUUUCUCUUGUCGAAUGGACGAUCUGUUGCUCAGCAAGGAGGGCGACGAAUGGCGACGCACCACGCUUGAUGCGGCCAAGAACCAGGGCAAGGGUGUUGCAAUGAAGACGGUUGGUCUUGAAGGUGAAGACGAGAAGAACCCCGACACGGACAGGAAUCUUCGCAUCCGUCUCGAGGAGGUGCUUCGUGAUGAUGACAAGCUUGCUGUUCUCGACGGUGAGAUGAUGAACUCAUCCAACGCUCUCACCUCCAAGAUCAUCGAGUCGUGUCUGCCUGCCGGUCUUUACAAGAAGUUCCCCGAGAACAACAUGCAGAUGAUGACCGGUUCUGGUGCCAAGGGUUCUGCCGUCAACGUCUCACAGAUCUCGUGUUUGCUCGGCCAGCAAGCCCUUGAGGGUCGACGUGUUCCUCUCAUGGUUAGCGGAAAGUCGCUCCCCUCUUUCCGCCCCUUCGAGACUUCCGCCCGUGCUGGUGGCUUCGUUAGUGGUCGUUUCCUGACCGGUAUCCGACCGCAGGAAUACUUCUUCCACUGCAUGGCUGGUCGUGAGGGUCUCAUUGACACGGCCGUCAAGACGUCACGUUCCGGCUACUUGCAGCGAUGUCUGAUCAAGCAUCUGGAAGGUGUGCACAUCCAGUACGACAACACGGUUCGCAACGCCGACGGCUCGGUUCUGCAGUUCAACUACGGUGAAGACGCUCUUGACACAACCAAGAGCAAAUACAUUGGUCAGUUCGACUUCACCGCUGCCAACUUUGAAAACUACAACAAGCGCUACGAUCCCAAGCAGCUUGGUGAGGUGGUUGAGGCAGAGCUUGCUGCCGAACACAUGAAGAAGGCGCUCAAGAAGCCACACAAGUAUGAUCCCGUUCUCAGCGUGUAUUUGCCCUCGACGCACUUUGGCUCCAUGUCCGAGAAGUACGCCAAGGAGAUCGAGGCUUACAUCGAGAAAAACCCGAGCAAGCUGCUUGCUGACAAGAAGAAGAAGAGCAAGAAGCGCAAGUCCGAGGCGUCAGCUCCUGACGAGGCAACCGCUGUCGAGAAGCUGCGCUUUGCUAAGGAGAAGCUCGGAGUGGAGGCAUUCCGUGCGAUGUGCAAGGUGCUCUACCACCGCGGUCUUGUAGAUCCCGGCGAGGCAGUUGGUUUGCUAGCUGCUCAGGGUGUCGGUGAACCGUCGACGCAGAUGACGCUCAAUACGUUCCACUUUGCCGGUCACGGAGCUGCCAACGUUACGCUUGGUAUCCCGCGUCUGCGUGAGAUUGUCAUGACCGCAUCACAGCACAUCAAGACGCCCAUCAUGCGCCUUCCCGUUCUCGAUGGUAUCACUGCCGACCAGAUCAAGACUUUCUGUAAGGACGGCUCUCGACUCGUGCUCAGUCAGGUCAUCGACGAGGCGAUUGUCACAGAGAAGAUCUCACCCAAGUCCGAAGGGACUGGCUUCCAUCGUCAAAAGACUUACACGGUGCGUCUCAACUUCUACCCUGCCGACGAGUGUAAGGAGGAGUACAACUGCACCACGGCCCACAUCCUGCACGGGUUGCAGGAGACUUUUGCGCCCAACCUGGAAAACAGCAUCAACAACGAGAUGCGUAAACAGAAGCGAGAGCAUGCGCUGCAAGCGGCGGCCAUCGGUAAAGGUCGAGUGUUCUCCGAUAACGCGCCUGCCGGUGACAAUGCAGACGAGGACGGAGAGCGCGCCAACGGUGUCGUUGGUCGCUCGCAGACGCGUUCUCGAGGCAACGAGGCCGACUCGGACGACGAAGAGGAUGCUUCGUCCGACGCUGGCGAUGGCGACGCCGAUGAUGCCAAGAGGAAGCAAAAGUCGGCUGCCCAUGCUUCGUACGAAGAAGGCGAUGACGAAGAAAUGGGCGGUCCCUCCACCACUGAAGACAUUGAAGCAGCCUUCUCGAACGGUGGUAGCAAGAAGCGUUCAUCCGACGUUAUGGACGUUGAUAGCGACUCGGAAAGCGAUUCCUCUGAAGACGGCUCGAUCAACGAGGAAUGGGCCGAGCAGACUUGCGCGCUUGAGCGAGCGCUGCAAGAAAAUUCCAAGUACAUCAAUGCCUUCCGCUUCGACGAUGUGAAAGCCCGAUGGGCCGAAUUCGACCUUACGCUGAACACGCAGUCGCAAAAGCUUCUGCUCAUCAACAUUGUCGAACGCGUUUGUCGACAGUCGGUCAUUCACGAAAUUCCCAACAUCGCACGUGUCAUGAAGCCGCCUCCCAAGGCUGGCGAGGAGGGCGUCUCGCUCACCGCAGAGGGUAUCAACUUCCGCGAUCUCUGGGACUUUGGAUUCGGGGUGAUUGAUCUCGACAACCUUUACACGAACGAUAUUGGUGCGGUGCUGCACACGUACGGUGUCGAAGCCGCGCGUGCUGCCAUCGUUGCUGAGAUGCGUGGAAUCUUUGACACCUACGGUAUCGCUGUCAGCCCUCGUCACCUGUUCCUGAUCGCCGACUACCAGACUGCUGCUGGAGGUUUCAGACCGUUCAACAGAUCCGGUAUUUCCGAAUCGUCAUCCACGUUGUUGAAAGCAUCGUUCGAGAUGACCAUGGCUUUCAUCGGUGGUUCGGCGUUGCACGGUGAAGUGGAUAUGCUGAAGACGCCCUCGAGCAAGUUAGUUGUGGGCAGGCCGGUCAACUCUGGUACAGGCACGCCCGAGAUUCGUCUCGCUUUGCCUGCUCCUAUUGGUGCUGCGGCAUAA